AUGCACCCGUUGAACACGGGUGACUGUGAACCUUUGUGGGAUGAAUUGACCGAGAAGUUGAACUCUGUGGAGAACGGUGCAAGAAAAGAUAAGAAACAAUGGAAAACUUUUCUGUACGAGUGGAAAUCAAAAACUAAGAAGAAGGCCCGUAUCCAUAAGGCUUCCAUCAUGAAAACGGGAGGUGGUGGCUACACUUGUAAAGACCUGACAGAUUUGGAAAACCGACUGUUGAAUGUAUUAGGGGGUUGGAUUCAUGUACUAGGAUGCCCCAGUUUAACAAAUAUUGAGCCUGGACUACCUGCAGGACUUGAAUUAAUGGAUCAAGAUGUCACUGAGAUACAAGAAGGUGCAAUAGAGCAGCAUGAAGCUGAAAGACAAGAAGAAAAUACCGAUGAGAUAUCUACACCAAUACCAUCACAAACACCAAGACGUGGAACAGCUCCAAGGAAGAAACAAAAGAGACCGCAUGUACAGAGCACACAGCUGCACGAAGCAGCUGAACUUUAUGCACAAAGCACCAGCGAAAUGGCUGAAGCUGUGAAGGUGAUGGCUGGUGCAAUAUCACAGUUAGCUCAAGGGCUAUCUGAUAUAGCAAUUGCUCUAAGCAACAUAUCAAAAACCUGAUGUCAUGUAAUAAAAAUGAAAAUACUAAAAUCUGCAUUAAAUAUUUAUUUUAGAGAACAUUUUCUUACAUAAUUCACCUGAUC